AUGGAUUCUAACCCACCAAGACCAAGAAGAGCCCAGGUCAGCCCAGGGAAGGAAGGAGGGUCCCCCGGGCCAUCAGCUCCCCCACUCCCCUGGCACAUCGCUCGGGUAAGCGAGCAGGGAUCAGAGGCUGCAAGACCUCCCGACCCGACACCACAGGGGUCGGCGCAAGCCCGGGGGGCUGCGGACUCGCGCUCAGACACCUCCCCCGCGCGCGCUCCCGCCAGGAGUCGGCGCCUCCUCCGCCCCCGGAGCAGCCCCAGCAGCAGCAAGCGGAGCCUCACAGAAGACCCCGCCCCUGCCUCCGCCAGACCACUCAGCUGCGGAUGCCGGACGGUCCCCGACAGGCGGCCGCGACUCCUCUCGCGGGCUUCCAACCCGCCUAGGGCCAAACAACAACCUGCUCGCAGGCGUCCGCAGCCGGGAGGCGGCGGCCGGCGGGGCGCCGCAGCGCAUGCCGGAACUCGUAGUCCCGCCAGCUCCUCAGGUCCCGCGCCGGAGGAGGCAAGAACUACUACUCCCAAAGACGAGCGCAGCCCGCCGCGGCUCGGCUGCCGGAAGCUGGGCGGGGCGACAGCGAUCCCCACAACAUCCGGGCCCCGGCCCCUGAGUUGCUCCGCGGCCGGUUGCUAUGGAGACGGGCUGCUACUACCUCUCCAAAGGAUUCGCGGUUUCACCUCGGAGGCUGCUCUCUGGAUUAGGCGGAUUAGUCGAUACCUAUUGAUCCGGCGGACCGUUGACAUUCUCUUUGCUGCUUUAAUUGGGUGUAGUAAAAACCCUGCGCGUUCGCUGGUCUUGCCAACCGCUGCCGGGAAAGACUGCGUUUACGGAAAAAAUAAAGAAGAUACCGAGGAUGACCGAGACAAGAAAUGUGCUUCAGCUUCAGAUUCAGGCACAGAAAUGAAACCUGAACAACUUCCUCCUUGUGUGAACCCUGGCAAUCCUGUGUUUUCAUGUAUGUUGGACCCAAAGACACUCCAGACAGCCACCUCACUAUCAAAACCUAAGAUGAUUAUGUAUAAAACCAAUUCAAGUAAUUAUGGUGAAUUUUUACCUAUGCCACAAUUUUUUCCUUGCAAUUAUACUCCAAGGGAGCAAGUAUUUUCAAGCCGUAUCAGAGCUACCGGAUUUUAUCAAAAUAACUCUCUAAAUGCUGCACCUGACAGAACAAGAACCCUUGAUUUUCCUAAUCUUCAACACACUCUAUGAAUAUAUAUUCCUUUGCAUAUUUAAGAGAAAAUAUAUUCAGGAAAGAUGAGCUUUAAAUCCAAGGCUAGAAUACCUAACUUGGAAUUUAAAAGUAUUUUAAUUUGGUAAAGAAUACCUUUAAGAAAUAAAGCAUUUAAAAAAAAAAAGAAAUAAAGCAUUUGAACUGGUAAA